UUGAGGUUAUGUUUUGAAUAAUUUUACAGAGAUGGCGCUAACAGUUAAUUCUUAUUCUAUCUUUAUCGUUUUUCUACUAUUCCUCCUUGUUUAUGUUAGUUUAUCUAUAGUCCUCUAGAGAUGGCGCUGAUUUCCUAAUUUUUAUCUUAUUUAGUUAAUCUGAAUUAGUUAUUUCUGAAUAAUUUUUAUCCUAUUUGAUCUCUUUGUCUAUUUGUGGUUAUGGUGCGUGAUUACAAAGUAUGAGAUAUCAAUCGAAUACAUUUUCAUUAUUUUUCUUUCAAAAUUUGAUGCAUAUCCAUUCGUGUACGUAUUUGAAUAACAAAAGUUAAAUUUUUAUUAUAUGUACAUCAAAAUCGAGAUUACGACUCUCUAUGUUAUCCGGAAACACCGUUUAUGGCAUUUUCAUUUAAAUGCUUGAGCAGGUUAUGUGCGUCGUUUUAACGAAUGGUUAAACACUCUCUUGAUUUCCAUAGUCGGAUGAAAUAUAUGAAGCGUUGAGACAAUUUGUAGAUAAUUCCGUCGUUAAUUUACAGAUAUAGAAGUGAAAAUAGAAUUACAGGGGAAAAAAAAAAAAAAAAAUGGCGAUGGUCCAACUGCUCUCGCCGGUCCAGAUUUUAAUCUUCACUUGGGGAACGAGAAAAAGCAAGAAUGUCGUAAUCUUGAUUCAAACAUCUGUGAGAAGAGACCACGAGAAGGGACUUAGGAAUUUUUUCAAUAUUGAGAGAACUUAACUUUUCACAGACUUCUCUUCUCGUACAAAGAAAUAAUUGUUCGUUUAAUUAUCCAAGUAUAAUCUCUUGCUCGUUUGCUCGUAUUAUUUAUUAUGAUAAAAACCAAAGAAUUAACUUCAAUGACUGCUGAUCCUCUGGUAGAAUUAAUUAAACUGAAAAUUAACUUGAUUUAUUGGGAAAUGAGGAGGGGAAGGAGAUUAUUAAUUAGCAUCAGCACGUGCAAUUAAACUUUGAUUAAUAAGGUGCCAUAGGUAGAAUUCUUCCCUUCUCUUUGAAUGUGAUUCCAUGUGAAAAACAUCUGAAUCAAUAUCGAAUAGAAAAAAAUCGAUGGAAGCAAGAAAGUGCCCAUUCAUCGAGUUCCCUUUAAUAAUGAAAAUUAAAUUGAAAUUAAUUUCAUUUUCGAAUGCCAAUAAUUCGGAGGAAAAUAGGAGAGGACGAGGCCAAUGGAAAUUAUCGUAGCUGCUUUUAUCGAGGUCCAUUGUUACCUAAAUAUAGCUGUAGCUAUUUUGAAACCGCGUUGCAGGGUCGGGGCGUAACGCUGAUUUCGUUCAUUACUGGGUCCGGGGUGGCUUUGGGCUGUCUUUCAUGCGGUUCCAAUGAUAAUUCAAUUAUGCCCGCCAUUUACACGCAUCGCCCGGAAUGGAUCGCGAGAGAAUGAAUAUCGUGUACUCUCUGGCUCUGGUAACACCGGACUCCAGAAACCCACCACACGUGCUAUACCUACUACUCUAAUGGAUAACGAAUGCGUGUCUCGUAAAAAUUUGCUUCGAGGAUCGUUUAAGUCGAUCCAGCGACUAGAUUUAUAUAACGGGUGCUCGCUAAACAUACUUAAACAUCGUUUUUUCAUGAACUUUGUUACAUCGUUCUUUAAACGGAAUUAAGAAGAAAUUCGAUCAUAGAGGAAAAAAAUUAAAGAAAUUUUAUCUUUAUAAUCCUCCACUUUGGAAUUUCUCAAAGACGAAAUUCUUUGAACGUUAUUAUUACACGGAUAAUCAUCUUCGUUCGCAAUGUUUCUUUUUCAUCGAGGGAAGGGAAUCUUGAGAAAAAUAAAAAUUGAUAAUUGAUGGUUGUUACUUAAUUAGCCGCCGAUAAGAUAUAAACUAAGUAGUCUAUCGAGCUUAAAUGGCUCAUCGAAAUCGGAGGAAAGAAAGAAGUUUCGGAUAUCGAAUUUCGAGAUUGUAUGGAGAAAUUGCGCGUUGUCAACAGGCGAAACUCGAUGGUAAAUUAGAAAGUGGCGAGGCGCAAUCGUGUCCCCUAAGGCAGGAAGCGUCGGAUAGGCGGUCCCAAACACAAAGUUAAACGGUCUCCCGACACCUUGUCGGUCGUCCUCUUUUAUUCAGACGUACACACAGUCCCCAUUCGAACGUGAUUAUUCUUAGCAAGUGGAGAGACGUAGUAUCGACCAAGGUAAACGAUUAAUUACUUUUUCCCCCUUUUUCCCCUCUAAUUACCGUUUCUUUUUUUUUUUUACCGCUAGAUAUACUCUGACGAUUAUUUUCACGAUCAUCGAAUCUUUCUCUUCCGUAUAUCCAAUGUAUAUUAUAUAUAUAUCUGGUAAUCGGUCGUGGAUUUAUCGAAUCUCAAGGUAAAUGGUUCACGGGCGAAACUCUGUUUGACGAAUGAAGGCAAUUAAUAAUCGGCGGCAGCGUGUGAUCUUAUGGGAUUCGCAUCGUUAACGCUAUUUGUUAACGCGCGUAGCAAUGUUGUAACGCGAAGGGUAGGCGGUCACUCGAGCAGAGGGGUGGAAGAGAAAGCGUCGCGUGGAUUUUUCCCGUGGAACGAUCGGGAGAUCGGCGUGGAUAGCGACGAUGAUCGAUCGUGGCCGGUGAAUCGAGCGAAACUCGUUUAACUUGUCAAUCCUGCGUGUACCCGUUUCCCUUAACCCGUGACCGUGCGUAUUUAUCGUCGGAUUAAUGUCCGGAGUGUUGGACAUCCCGAGAAAGAUGAAUUUCUGCUCUCCGAUUUUUUACCAUUCGCGUUAAGAUUCUCCUCUUCUCUCUCUCUCUCUCUUCCUUUUUUUUUUUUACUUUCCUCUCGACGAAGAAUUUCGUUUAUCUGAUGGAGGUAAUGUUACGACGUCCGUACGUCGAUGAAUCGUGUACCGUGUUCACCGUUCGCUUCUUCUUCUAACCGGUGUUAGCGUAAUUUUCGCGCUCGCGUCGAGGUAUUACAGGUAAGCAGGCUUACGAUCGUGUCACGCCGAUCUUCUCAUUUUCCUCCCUUCUUUUUUUCGUUUUAUGGAUGACGAGUAAGUCGUGAUUCUCUGAGAAUCGCGACAGAAUAACACGGAUUUAAAACACGAGUCACGACGAUGAGCGAGAAAAUUCUUCUCCCCGUUCAUCCUGCUUUCGUCAUCUUUUUUUUUCGAUAUCUACGAUUUCCAACAUGAUGGAUCGAAGGGAUGAGAAAACAUGCGAGUAAGGAACAAUGUAACAAUUAAAUGCCGUAGCAAUGAAGAAAAAGAGGUGAUAAUAUAUAUAUACAUUAUAGGUGACCUGUCGGGUAUUUUCUUCCGUUUCGGCUGGUGUCGCGUGGGGGUUAAUUGGCAGCGGGAGAAAAGGGUUUCAUUAGGGAGAGCCGUGAUGCAUCGUCGCGCGACAGAAGCGAGGCGAACGCGGCGAUACGCGUUGCCUAUGGGCAUCCAAGAGGAAGAAUACGGGGGAGCUGAGACAGGGAAGGCACAUGGAAGGCAAAAAGGCACGGUACGAGAGGGAGGAGAAAGAUCGAGGGGACAAGAUUAAACGUGGGACAAAGACGGAAAUUGAGGCGUAAGGCUUGCCCGGUAGCGAUGGAUUCGAUUCGUACCGAGCAUGUUCAAACUUUUCCCUUUCCAACUUAUAUAUAAAGAAGGACUGUAUUCCAUAAAAUUUAUCGACGUGAGACUAUUCAUUGUUGCGACGAUGGAAGAAAUAAUUAUUCUUGAUUACUUAUCGAUCGAUGAUAUUAUUCAAGUUAGUUACAAAGUUGCAAAUUACACGGAUCUACAAUUUAUCCGUUUUACGAUUUAUUGAACGAAAUGCUGGAACGAGUCGUAAAAUUCCAGCAACGGGACAUUAUCGUUAAUAUCAUUCAGUCGAGCAAGAAACUCGUCCUUUCUUUCCAAACACCUGUUCACAUAUAAUUUUUCACGUGUAAAAAGAAUCGAACGAAUCCGAAGAGGGGAGGAAGAAGAAACGGAAGAAACAAGAUUUAACGCGUUUCUCCGUUCCAGUCGCGUGACUCAGCCAUCUUCUUUCUCUUGGAAAAUCCGUAGCGCGGCCGAGGAGGAAGAUCCGAUCGAAGCGAAGGGCGUACCUUUGCCUACGAAUUUCUCGAAUUCAUUAAGAUUAUUAAGUCCUCUUGUGGGUGUCUGUUGGAGCUCGAGUGGGAGGCAAGGUGGACGGAAAAGAGACGUGAAAGGGGAGGGAGCAGGAAGGGACGAGUGGACGAUCGCGUCUGCGGGCAGACAAAAGAGGAAAGGAGAGAGAAUCGGAAUGGAAGUGGAAGGAGUACUGGCAGCGGUGACUGGCAGCCUCUGGCUCCGAUGUCUCGUUUACCAUAAUACAAGGCCUUGGGCAGCGCGGACUGGAGGAUGCACGGGGACCCUCCUCGAAACGGUAGCAAUGUAUCAGAGGACCGUGAAAACCCCGUCGUGGACGGCCGCGGAUCCCGUCCGCUCAAAGGACUGCGCUGCGAACACGCGAUAUCCUGUCGUCGCUUCUGUCCCCUAUAUCGGCGUGUAUCGCGGACUCUGUUACGAGAAGUCGUACCUGUUGUGCUUUUACACGACGUGGAAAGAACGAUCCGGCGAGAAUCUGCUGGAAAUUGUGCAUGGAUGUAGGAUACGAUGCGGGGAGGAGAGGGGAGGAUGGAAGGAUGGGUAGGAGGAACCGGAGAUGAGGACGGAUGCGGAGGAUUUGGCGAGGCGGGGAGGAAGAAGCGUAUCGUUAAAGAGGUUGGACGAUUUAUUGGCUUGUCUUCGAUCGAAGGUCAUUAAGUUCGCAAUCGUUUAAUCGGAUACGGAUUUAAUCCGUGGGGAAGGCAUAUGGAUAUUUUCGAUUUAAUUUUUCUAAUAUGAAUGUGAAUUUGAAUCGAGGCGAUCGAUGAUGGAAGAAGCGAGAAUUCGAUAAACGCGAUGGACGAAACGAUACGCGGUUCGCGUGGAAGAGUCGGAGGAGCAAGGUCGCGGUGGUUGCCGUCGACGAGCGUAUCUGCAAAUUAAGCGAGUGCGCGCCGCUUGCCAACUGCUCCUUCCCAGACGUCGAAAAGUCGAGGAAAUCUUGGAAUAUCUCGUUCGUUACACGUGACUCCUCCGUCUCUGCCCUUCGUCUCUCGUCCACCGAAUGCUUUCGCGCUUAACAAUUACACGGGAAUGUGGCCGUCCCGAAGUUUCUUACGAGUUCUUUACGAGUCCGCCUCUAUUCCUCGUUCCCGCGCAAAUUUUUUCCAAUCAUCGUCACUUCGUUCCUUUGAAAUCGAAACUUGAUCUCUCACCGAUAUCGACAUAAUUUUACGUAAACUUCGCGAAAAAAUGUCGCGAGAGGGGGAAAAAAUAAAGAGGAGGAAGAGGAAGGGUACGAAGAAGAGGAAGAAUACGGUUUGGAGAAUACGCGAGCCCUCGGUUUGACGGACCUCCUCCUCCUCCUCUUCCUCUUCCUCCUCCUCCCUUUCCAACAGAGAAGAAGGACGCUCUCCUCUUAGGAUCUUACUCCUUCCUCCCUCUUCUUCCUCCCUCUCUCUUUCCUCUUCCUCCUACUCCGUCUACUUCUCUUUCGGCCGCUCUGCUCGCCGUCCCUUACCAUUUCGAGGCCGCUGUCUUCGUUUCUCUUCGCUCGACCGCGCGAUCCGCACACGCCACUUCUUCUUCAGUGGCCGCUGGUACCACUCUCGGCUAGAUCGCGCCAAGCACACCUCCUCUCGUGUUUCCUUCUUCUUCUUCUUCUUAUCCACCACCACCACCUCGACAACAACAACAACCAUCACCACCCAGCGGCAUCGCCGCUGCCCGGCAUCAUCGUUUCACCACCGCUCGCCGCCGGUCAACGCCAAGUCCACCUCCUUUCCUAUUCUUCUUCCAAUUCGAAGUGAACGCGCACGCGGUUUACGUGAACUUGCGCGGGAUUUCGCCGCUUCGAAUCCGAAGAUUCGUGCCGUUGUGAAGAAUUGUGAAAUUUAUAUUGUGCUCGUUCGAGGAUGAUUCGAGGAUCCUUCCCGUUCAAAUCGAUAGUGGAUUAGCGUCCCCGAAGAGGAUCCGCGAGAUUGUCGAAGUUGGAAAGCGUGGCUGACGAUAGCUAAUCUGGAGAGAUGGAGAAAUUGGUGCAGAAGUUGGAACGGGUGGCAGGAAAGUGGAGUGAUUCGAGAUGACAGCAGCGGUCCUGUCGUCUUUGUUCGCACGUGGUUACCUCGACACCGCGACGUGCACCUGACGGCGAGAACCGUCAGGGAGCCAGGAACUCGAGGAGGCACGUGGAUCUGAUCCAAUUCGCGCAUACAAACGAGGAAAUGCGUUUUAUCACCGAUCUAUUUAACAAAACUAAUUGCCAAUAUCUUAAGGAAAGAUACCUGAGAUUACGAUCUCCCUCCUUUCUCUCGUGAAUCGAUAUUUUUUUUUUAAUUAGAAACAAUAAAUAUAUCGAUGUUGGAGAGGAUUAGCACGUGGUCGUAGGAGGUUUGCUUCCUGUUCUUUUUUUUUUUUUUUUUUUCUCCUUUCAAAGGAGGCCGCGUUGCGUUGUCAACGUGCGAUCGGACCUAGAGAGAACACGUGUUAAAUUAAUGCAAUUUCUUUCGCGGCUGCCACCAUCUUCGAUUUGUCACAGGUGCUUUUCUCACUCGCCGACGCCGUGAUGGAUUAACGGUCUGGAACCGGUGAAAAAGGGCAAGAGGAAGGAGGUCUUACGAGAAAGGAGGCUCCCGCGCGAUCUUUGUUUCGACAAACAAUGGGCGAGAACGAUUAGAGCAAGGUUUAAACGUUCGCUGGAAUAGAUUCGCCGGUGUUUCUUUUUUUUCUUUUUGUAAAAACGAAGAAAUUGGGAAUUGGAUGUUCGAAGGUAUCGGUGAUUUCGACGCCGGCAAGCGAGGUGAUCCUCGGGACCGAGUGGUGUCUCGUUGAGUCGAACGCUCAAAUAGGGGCAUCCGGAGCGCAUAGCUGUCGCCUCGACUGGAAGGACGAAAAUGGGCCGGAAAUGCGCGAAACGUAAGCGAUAUCCCACCUCGGAGCCAGCCUCGAAAAGUGGUAGCUUCUUGACGCGAUCAACGGGGAAAUCAUCGAAUCACGGGCGAAAGGGUGGCGAGAGAGGUCGGAUCGGAUGAAAGUCGGCUGCGAUCGAGAUCGAUCCGAUCGAUCCACCCCUCUUGGGAGGAGGGGGUGGGGAGAGGCGACGAUCGAUUUCACGAAGAGAUACAAUCGGGCGCGGAUGCGUUCGAAUUCGAGCCACGUAGCAGCCGCCAAUCGGGGAGCUGCUCCUCGAGGAAAUCUUUGAGGCUUUGGACUAUCAUUCGAGUGGGUGGGCGGUGUGGAUGCUUUCGUAACCAAUAAACCGAUCCGCCUGGGUUCGAUUCAAUUAGCGGUUCCAAGAGGAAUCGAAGAGCCUUUCCUCCUUUCCACCCUUGUUGGGGGGAGGGGAGGAGAAAAAAGAAGGAAGAAAGGUCGACGAGUCACGAGGCGAUGGAGAGAGCCUUUGGAUGGCCCGCUUCGCGACAAAAUCCCAUUGAUCGAUGAGACGAGAUCUCAUUAAGGGCGCGCCUCUUUCGAGGGUGACAAGUAUCGAGGAGGUAGGCCGUCACUCGCGCCGCGGAGAAUUAACCGUUGACCCGUGAAUAAGAGGAGGAGGGCGAAUACGACGAACGAGAGAGAGAGAGAGAGGACCGUUUCGCGCGAAACACAGGUCGAGACACGUUUGCUGGCCGAUUAGAAACGGUUUUCUGAGGCAAAGGGCCGAGAUUAAUAUGUGCUUUGGACGAGUGCCGCGAGCUGAAAAUUGCCAGACCGGCGUGAACACCGACGACAGCUGUCGAAAGGAAGACGGGGGGAUCGUCGAGCUGUGUUGGUGGUCCUGCACCGCGGGGAUGGGUAUGCUGUUGCCCGACGAGACUUACGAGGAACGUUCCUCGUCCUCGAGACGUAGCUCGUGCCCCAACGUUCUCGCGGAUAUCGACGAGGUCGAGGCGGCCAAGGCUUUGGCCGCGUUCAGAAAGUGCGACGAGUUCCUCAAGAGGCACGGGAUCAGGCCCGAGUUCUUCUGCAGGCACAGGGAACGUUUGGCGCUGCAGACUUGGCUGUUGCAGAGAUCCAAGCUCUCCUCCGAUGCCUCGUCCUCGAACGAAGCCGUGCACCUCCAGCAGCGUCUCAGGAGCCUGAGCACGGAACUGGUGACCCUGAGGAACCGGCUGCACGUGAACCAGCCGCCGAACAAUUCAGGGCCGAACAGCGCCGCCUCCGCGCCCCUGUCCAAGAGCCCGGAAAAGGGCGGGGUACCGUCGUCCCCCGCGCCCGCCGUCCCGCCGAGGACCACGUUACCGAUCUCGGGCACGCUGCCGCACACCCUCGGCCAUCCUUCGGGGCACACGUUGACGGCGUCCGCCAUCGUUCAUCCGCACGUCAAUCACGCCGUCACCGCGAACACGCUCGGCCACAACUCGACCGCUGCUAAUAAUUUAAUAUCCGACUUGGAUCCACCGAAGCGACACAAUGGGAUCCCGGACGACGGUAUAGUGUCGUGCGUGACCGCGCUGGGCUGCUUGCGCUCGCCGCCGAUCUCCAGCAUUAUCGCCGACGUGAAGAACGCGAAGAGCAACCAGGGUCAGCAUCGAUGUCUCCCGAAAGGUGCAGCGGCUUCUCCCGGGCCCGCCACUUCCACGGCCUUGGACGACCUCAUUCAUCUACCUGGACCUCUGACGGAGGACGCGGUGCUCAAGUGUCUGCAAGCUCGAUUCUGCGCCAAACAGUACCACACAAACGUGGGCCCCAUACUGGUCUGUAUCAAUCCAUAUACGGACGUCGGGAAUCCAUUGACCUUAACGAGCACCAGGGCCGUACCUUUGGCGCCCCAGCUGAACAAAGUCGUUCAGGAGGCCGUGAGACAGCAGUCGGAAACUGGAUACCCGCAGGCCAUCAUUCUUUCCGGAACGAGUGGUUCCGGGAAGACGUACGCCUCCAUGUUGCUGCUAAGGCAACUGUUCGACGUGGCGGGAGGUGGUCCCGAAACGGACGCUUUUAAACAUUUGGCGGCGGCGUUCACGGUUCUGAGGUCUCUGGGAUCCGCAAAGACUGCCACCAAUUCAGAAAGUUCUAGAAUAGGUCAUUUUAUCGAGGUCCAGGUGACGGACGGUGCCUUGUACAGAACGAAGAUACAUUGUUACUUUCUGGACCAGACUCGAGUGAUCAGGCCCCUACCCGACGAGAAGAAUUAUCACAUAUUUUACCAAAUGUUGGCCGGCCUGUCGCACGAGGAACGAGUCAAACUUAACUUGGAGGGUUACAACCUGAAGAACCUUAGGUAUCUGCAGCACGGGGAUACCAGGCAGGACGAGGCUGAGGACGCGAUCAGGUUUCAAGCGUGGAAAGCUUGCUUGGGUGUGCUGGGUAUACCCUUUCUGGACGUGGUCCGAGUGCUUGCUGCGGUGUUGAUCCUCGGCAACGUCGGUUUCACGGAUCGUCCUGGCGUGGAGGUGGGGGUGAUCGGGGAGAACGAGUUGGCGUCGGUCGCCGCCCUCCUGGGGGUGCCGCCCCCGGCGUUGCUCAGAGGCCUCACCUCGAGGACCCACAAUGCUCGCGGCCAAUUGGUGAAGUCGGUCUGCGACGCGAACAUGUCCAACAUGACCAGGGAUUCGUUGGCCAAAGCUCUUUACUGCCGUACCGUUGCCACGAUCGUGAGGAGGGCCAACAGCUUGAAGAGAUUAGGUUCUACCCUCGGCACCUUGUCGUCCGACUCGAACGAGUCUGUUCAUAACCAGGCCGAGGUCACCAGUCAACACGCGUCCACCAUUGGCAGCUCUGCAGGUGGUACCGGUUCCAGAAGCAUGACCGCGUUGAACAACGCGGUACGACACGCGACGGAUGGGUUCAUCGGGAUCCUGGACAUGUUCGGUUUCGAGGAUCCGAAGCCGAGCCAGCUGGAGCAUCUGUGCAUCAACCUUUGCGCGGAGACGAUGCAACACUUCUACAACACGCAUAUAUUCAAGAGUUCGAUCGAGAGUUGCCGGGACGAGGGCAUCCGGUGCGACGUGGAGGUCGACUACGUCGACAACGUGCCCUGUAUCGACCUCAUCUCAUCCCUGAGGACCGGAUUGUUGAGCAUGUUGGACGUGGAAUGCUCGAUACGGGGUACGGCUGAGAGCUACGUGGCGAAAGUGAAGGUUCAGCACAAGCAGAAUCCGCGAUUGUUCGAGCCGAGGACCGUCGAUUGCAGGUCUUUCGGGAUUCAACAUUUCGCCGGCAGGGUCACCUACGACGCUUCCGAUUUCUUGGAUACCAACAAGGACGUGGUCCCGGAUGACCUGGUGGCCGUGUUCUACAAGCACACGUGUAGCUUCGGUUUCGCUACCCAUUUGUUCGGCAGCGAGUUGAAAGCCCUGUACGCGAGCGACACGGUGCCAAGAGGUGUCAGCUUCAGGAUAUCGCCCACCUCGCACACAGACCUGUUGAACGGGGACGAGCCGAUCUCCACGUUGACGCAGGACUUUCACACGAGGCUGGACAAUCUGCUGAGGACCCUGGUCCACGCGAGGCCCCACUUCGUCAGGUGCAUCAGGAGCAACGGCACAGAGACGCCCCUUCACUUGGACAGAGGCGUGACCAUGCGUCAGAUACGAUCCCUUCAGGUCCUCGAGACAGUGAACCUAAUGGCCGGCGGAUAUCCCCAUCGGAUGCGUUUCAAGGCGUUCAACGCGAGGUACAGGCUUAUCGCGCCAUUCAAGCAAUUGCGACGUGCCGAGGAGCAAGCGGUGGAGGACACCAAGCUCAUCUUGCAGAACGCGCAGCAGCUGAAGAGCAAAUUCGGCGCGAGCACCAGCUGGGCGCUCGGCAAGAGGCACAUCUUCCUUAGCGAGGGCAUUAGGCAACAGCUCGAGAACCUGCGCUCCGAAACGCGGAGGAAAGCCGCCACCGUGAUACAGGCAACGUGGAGAGGAUGGCGAGUGCGAAGAAGAUGGCCUCUCAGGAAGACGACGAUAGGAGUGACGUCCGGCAUAGGGCAGAAGAAAUCUCAACAGCCUCCCACUUCGACGACCACUGGCACCGUGCAGAGGAGCGUGACGGUGGCCACAGGUACCGGAACCGGAACACGGCCGAGGCCUCAGCCGAUCGCCGGCACCCCGCCGCCCGAUCCGUCCGAGAAAUGCGCCGACCAGAAGAUGAUCCAGCAGACGUGCACCCUGUUCGGCUUGGAUCUGGAACGGCCGCCUCCGCUUCCGCCGAGCAGAUCGUACACCGUGACUGGAAACACCAAGUUGGGCUAUCCUCAGACCAGGAUCAUGAAGAUGCCAUUUCCAGAAGAGGGUGAAGGGGAGGUGGUCCUGCUGAAGGGUGAAACGGUUCUGGUCGUGGGGGCGUCUCCCAGGCGAGGUCACCUGCUGGUGGAGCACAACAACACCACGCUGCACGUGCCCUAUCAGUUCAUGGAGCUGAAACCGUGUAAUAUUAACAUCUGAAACGCGUUAUUUAUUUCCGUCCCUUAUUUUUCUCACUCGUACGACGCCGUUGUGUUUAAAUCUCCAUCAUUUUUUUUUCUUUACAUUAUCGUAACGCGAGCAACACUUUGUUAAAUUUUCGAUCGAAAGAAUGGUCGAUUCGCAGAGAAGAUUGGUGGAUAAAUUUUUAUCUAGAUUCGAACGAGAUAUUUAUAAAAUAGAGGCAGAGAGAGAGAGAGAGAGAGAGAGAGUUUCGUUGGGAUUAGAAAGUGGACAGAGGAUUUCACGGAGAUGAAGAUAGAAAAUUACAGGAUGUAACGAUGCAUGGGCACCCGUUUUUAAUUUAAAAGAAAGAUUCGAAUGGAAUCUCCGUUUCCAUCCUUUCCCCUUUGUUAUAUUCCUACCAACGGGUAAUCCGCAAUUAUGCUGACAUUCUAUCUUCCCUGAUAUAUUUCCCUUUUUUUUCCCCCCCCGGCUCCUUUUGAGAUCUUUUCUCCCCCCUCCCCAACUUUUUCACCUCGAGAUAAAAAUAACUCGCAGAUGGAAAACAAACGUGUAUCCACACCCACUGUAAACGUUAUUACUCGAUGAACUUCCGGAUACAAUUUCAUUCCUACGCUCUUCGACUUCCAAUUAACUUGUCACAAUCAUCCUCUGCUCUUUUCUUUUCCUUUUUUUUCCCUCCUCUUCUUUUUCAUCCCCUUUCUCGAAGCGAUCGAUAAUCCUUCCCGUUUGUCGUCCCACAAAUUCCACCUUCUUUUUCAUCACGAAGAGGAAGAAGAAGAAGAAAAAGAAGAAGAAGAA